AUCGCAGGCAGAAGAACACACACUCCGCCAAAAAAAGCCACCGACAUGUCCGAAUCAGGGAACGCCUUCACGCCCGACCCCAACUUCUUCAUCGAGACCGACCGGCUCUACAUCUCACACUGGCUCCCCGACGUCCCUGCGCAUUGCCAAUUUCUGUGCACGCUGUGGAGUUCUCCCGGGUUCGUCCAGAGCUGCGGGAAAACGGGUAUCGACACGCCCGAGAAGGCCAAGAACAUCAUCGAGCAGCGCUUCGGCGCCCACCACGCACGCAACGGCUACGGCAUGUACCUCGUCUCGCUCAAGCCGAAGCCCGGUGCGACCCGCGAGGAAUCCGUCCCCAUCGGGAGUGGUUCUCUCCUGAGCGGCGUUCCGCCCAAUGCGUACGAAUUUCCCGACGUGGGGUACGCGAUUAUCGACGAGGAGAACGGCAAGGGGUACGCAACUGAGGUAACGAGGGCGUUGAUCUCGUACGCGACGAAGGAGUUGGGGCUGAAGGGCGUGUUCGGGUUUUGCGCCGCGGAUAACAAGCACAGCCAGGCGGUCUUGAAUAAAGUGCUGCAGUAUAGAGGAGAGAGAAAUCUGCGGGUGUUUGGAGGUGCACGAAGCGCGGUAUAUGCGCUGCCCGAGAUGGACCAGGAUCUCAAGGUUUACGGCGUCGACGAUUGAUAUUUAUCGGUGUCUCCAUGCUAUUGUAUUUUCGCUUUGUACCG